CCUAUAUCGCAGCAAAUGUAUAAAGAUCCCACCUAACCUCAUUCUAUUUUUUUAUUUCCAAACGGAAAUGUCAUACUUUUGUUGUAAAAAUAAUAAUUAGAUAGAUGCCGUAACCGUAUAAAUAGGCCACCUAGAUUAGUCAAUGAUCUUAUACUUCUAAUCCACUUACCAAGUUUUUCUGAAAUGUUUACAAACGAUUAUAUACUCAUUCGUGUUUUCCCAUCCCUACUGCAAUUGAACAUAAAUGAAAUAUAGAAGACUGCACUAAUCGUCUUCACAGGUGUCUAUGUGAAGCAACUGCUGAACAUUCAGGAAUCAAUAUUUGUAUACUACUUUACGAUGACAGAUUGACACAAUUGCCAUAAAUUUUUACAAUAUUGUAGCUUUUUUUACUCAUGAGAAAAAUACGCAGAAAUGGCGAAUCCGGGUGGCUUCCUUGCCCAUCUUGUUAAACUUGUAACUACAAUAAUAUGCAUGGGAUAUCUCGAUGAGAACUCUUCUGGCCUUACUCACCGAGCUUUUCAAAUUAAUUUGGUCCAUUCAAUUCUGGGGAUGUUCAGAUUUGGAAGUACUGGAGGCCUAAUGGGUAAACGUAGCUUUCGCGAGUUUUAUGAGCGCACAUCCAAUAUUUCAGAAGUCAUCCCCUUCGGCAUCUUCGCAUCAGAAAUAUCACGGCGCUGUGAAAUUGAUGACAUUCUCCGGCAAUCUCUUCUGCUUGUCCUCACACUUUUGCCAAUUGUCCAUGAAAUUGUUCCAAAAAAGGAGCGAACAAAAAUGCGUAAACUCAUUAAUCAUUCGAUCAAUCUACAAUUGAUGAUCAUCACAAUUGCCUGCCUACAGAGAAGCAACUGGUGUGUUAUAAAUCUUGUAAUAUCGUAUAUAUUUAAUCGAUAUUAUGCGGAAAACUUUUGCGACUGGUUCGAUGUGCCAUACGAUGUCCUUAUACAAUACAGCCUGAGCUUUGUUGAAAUUUUUUCACUGACAACACUCAAUGAAUUGUAAUAUACUUGAAGAACAAUUGACUGUAUCUUCCGGCCUGAGAGCUCAAAUAUACAAUCCACAUUUUUUCAAAUCAA